UUCAAGUUUUUAGCGCGGAUUCGAGCGACAGCUUCUACUUGUCGUUUUAUUUCAUUUUCAGGAAGUUCAUCGUGUUUUCGUCUAUUCAUUGCUCUUGCAUUAAAACGAAUACAGUAUAUAUCAUCUGUAGAAGUAAUAAUUUUAAUGUAAAUUAAUGUUUUAAAGGGAAUAAAUAAAUGUCUCAGCGAUGUCAUUGUAUGGGAAAUUGGUUGUUAUAAAAAGAAAUGGUGCAGAUGGUCAGUUCUUCACCUUGACUCAGACAUCUUGUCUGUUUGGAAGGUCUACAGCAUGCGACAUAAGGAUCCAACUUCCUAAUGUUUCAAAAGAGCAUUGUCGUCUCGACGUCAAUCAGGAUGGUGCAGUUUUUCUCACCAACCUGAGUCAGGUCAACCCAACAAUUCUCAACAAGAGUCCUGUGAUGCAGACUGUUGUCGUCAAUCACAUGGAUGUCCUCACAAUUGUGGAUCGGUCGUUCCGAUACGAGUUUCCUCCAGGUUCGCCUCAUCGGAGCCCACCUGUCUCUCCUGCCAAGACAACACCAGCGGAAUCUCCAGUGAAGGAGUCGCCAGCAAAGACUCCCAAAAAUGAUAGUUUAAAGGUUGCUACACCGAAACCUAAAACUCCAAAGGCUGCAACACCGAAACCUAAAACUCCAAAGGCUGCAACACCAAAGCCAGCUACUCCAAAGGCUGCAACACCAAAGCCAGCUACUCCAAAGGCUGCAACACCAAAGCCAGCUACUCCAAAGGCUGCAACACCAAAACCAGCGACUCCAAAGGCUGCAACACCAAAGCCAGCUACUCCAAAGGCUGCAACACCAAAGCCAGUUACUCCAAAGCCAGCUACUCCAAAGGCUGCAACACCAAAGCCAGCUACUCCAAAGGCUGCAACACAGAAGCUAGUUACUCCAAAGGUUGUUAAACCAAAAUCCAAAACUCCAAAGGCUGUCACUCCGAAGCGAUCAUCUCCAUCUGGACCUCCGUCUGCUAAGAAGGGCAAGAAGUCUACCCCUCCAAGUACCAAAGGAAAAAGGAAGAGUUCAACUGGCAGGCCGCCAUUCGGUAGCCCUCGAAGCCCAAGCAAGACGCCACUGAAGACUGGAAUAUCAAAUCUCCGUCGACUGUCUAAGCCAGUUGAAGAAGUUGAUGAGCCUGUGCCAAGUCCAGUCAUUACCCCAAAACGGUCUUCCUCGGGAAAGAAGGGCGUUAAGAGAAAGUCCAUGGAAAGCUAUCAGCUUGGUCCAGAUGCCAAGAGGAAACGAGUGUCCUUUGGGCCAAAUCUUAGUCCUGAGCAGUUCUACAAGACCCUUCCUCCAAACACGCCUCUUAGGAAAGGUGCCACUCCUAACCGUCGGUCACUGCCUGCUUCACGAACCCCUAGGCAUGCUCCUAUUGUUGAGGAAAGUCCGCAGAACCUCAAGAGAACUCCUAAAGCAGCCACACCUAAAGCUCCAUCUCCCAAGGCUUCACCAAAGACUCCAAAAGGCAAGAAGUCUCCAGCAAAGUCCAACACCACCCCAGUUGAUGAAGCAGACACUAGUUUAGACUUGUUCUCGGCAACUCCCAAUACCACUCCUCGGGGACGAUCACCUAAAGCAAGGACCGUCACUAAAGCAGCCAACCAAGAUGUCAGUUUUACGGGUAUUGAAGACUUGUUUGCAUCUCCAAAGUCGAAGACCCCAGCGAAGUCGCCAAAAGCAAAAACUCCUGUCAAGUCGCCAAAACAGUUAACUCCUGCAAAGUCUCCCAAAGCAGCAACUCCGGCAAAGUCUCCUAUGGAAGGGCCAAGGACUAAGACACCAACCAGGUCUCCUGAAACUAAGACUCCAGCAAAGACCCCCAAGACCAAGACCCCAGCCAAGUCGCCUAAACUAGCUUCACCUGAACCUGUAGCUGUGGCUGCCGUAGAGUCACCAAAAGCCAAGACCCCAGUCAAGUCUCCCAAGGCAAAGACCCCAGCUAAAUCUCCUAAGGGAAAGACCCCAGCCAAGUCGCCUGCAAAGACCCCAGAACCUGCAGAUAUAAGUUUUACUGGUAUGGGAGACAUGUUUGCGACCCCCAAGCAAAAGACCCCUGCAAAGAAGAAAACUCCUGCUUCAAAGAGGAAGAAGUCCAUCUUGAUCGUGAAGACCCCUUCCCCUGUGAAGAAAACACCAGAAAAGCCUGUUAGUGGUUCAUUGGAUAUUCCUACAAUUACUAUUCAGCCAGCAACUCCACUUACCAAGUCACCUACUCCAAAAAAGAAGACGCCUGCCAAGUCUCCAAAACAGAAGACACCCAAGGUGAAAACUCCAAAAUCUGUUAAAAAGAGGAAAUCUAUCUUGACUGUCAAGACCCCAUCUCCUCCUGCCAAGAAGGUGAAGACGAUUGCAACGCCAUCAGAUCGUAUCAGCACUCCCCCUACAGAUAUCAAGAAGGCUGUUGCACUCAGAGCUAUCCAUGGUAAAGCUGCUACCCCCAAGUUGAGUGCGUCGAUGAAACGAGCUGCUACACCAAAACGUAUUGGAACACCCAAAGUGAAAACUCCGGCUGCCUUGAAGAAAUCAACAAAGAAGACGUGGUCACAGGUGGUUCGAAGUGGCGUUGCUAUGACAGGAGUUGCCAAGCAGAAGUCUGCCAAGAAAGCAAAGAAUGUUGCUGCCAUCAAGACUGGUCUUGACAAGAGGUCACCAAAGGUUCCACCAAAGACACCAAGAACCAAAAAAGUCAUUAGUGCGUUACAAACAACUGGCCACAUCGAUUCACCAGCUGCUAUUAUCAUCCGCAAAAAGCUUGCCAAAACUCCAAAACCGUUGCCCAAGAAGGGGAGAAAGACUGUUGGAACAAAGAAGACAGUUGAUGAUGCCGAUACUAGUUUCACCGGGCUGAAGGACUUAUUCAACACACCAGAGGUUGUGAAGACUACUCCCAAAACAAAAACACCGAAGUCUGCAAAGAAGACUCCAAAACCAAAGACACCCAAGUCAGUCAAGAAGACUCCAAAACCAACAACACCUGCCGCAAAGACCCCAAAGUCUUCUAAGAAAAGCCCAGCUACCCCACAAUCUGCCUAUUCUACGCUGCCAUCGACUCCUCAGCAUCCUAAUGAGAUGGUUGUGUCGCCACUUUCUGUAGAAACGCCAUAUGGAGGAAGUCCCAUUGCCAUGCGGAAGACAUUCAAGACACCUCGCAACCAGAAGGACAUGCAGGCAGAUGGUAUCAAACGUCUGUUUGCAUCUCCAAAGCCUGAUAAAGUUGAGGCUGGUACUCCAUCUCCUGCUGGCAUGAAAAGAAUCUUGAAGACGCCCAAGAUUAAGAAAGCACCUAUUGGCUCUCCUGAUCUCUCCGGCAUUAAGGACAUGAUGGCUUCCCCCGAGGUCCCAGCGCGUGCUGUUGGUGGAAAGAGGAAAAGAGAUUCCGUUGAUGGCUCCCCUGCCCCAGCUGGCAAGCGUGCUAAAGUGUCGGCAGCUACCCCGGCAAAGAUUGCAACUCCCAAAAAGGCAACACCAAAGAAGACUGCUACACCUAAGAAAGCUGCUACACCUCCAGCCACCACACCUAAGAAGGCUGCUUCACCUAAAGCCCCCGCAUCUAAGAAGGCUGCUACACCUAAGAAAGCUGCUACACCUAAAGCCCCCGCAGCUAAGAAGGCUGCUACACCUAAAGCCCCCACACCUAAGAAGGCUGCUUCACCAAAAGCCCCCACACCAAAGAAGGCUGCUACCCCCACGGUCACCACACCUAAGCUCCCAACGCCCAAGAAGGCUGCUACACCUAAAUCUGCCACAAUUCAAAAGCCUGUGACACCAGCUGUUGAGGUAAUAUCAUCUGUAGAGGAGCCCACACCUGUGAAGAAGCCCAAAACAACUAGAGGUAGAAAGGGCUCCAAGAAGGCAGUAACUCCAGUGAAAGUACCUACCCCGGUUAAAGAAGCCACUCCAGCGAAAUCCCCUAAGGUCACAAGAAGUCGUCGUGGUACCAAGAAGGCAGCCUCACCCGUGAUGGCUGUGAAAGAAAAGAAAGCAGCUGCGACCAAGAAGACUUCCAAAGCCAAGAAAAUCGUUGAAAAUGUGCUGGAGGCUGUUGAAGAACCCAAGCCAGCCACUCCAAAGCCCACAAAAGGAAAGAAGAGUAAGAAGGCUGCAGCAUCGUCAGAAGUUGAUGUUCAGGUGGUUGAAUCUCCAAAACCAGCCAGGGUCUCACGGCGACAAGGAAAAGCAGGCACGCCUAAAGCAACCCCUGCCAAGAAAGUUAAAGGUAGUCGUCGUAAAGCUGCUGUUGAGGAAGAUGUGCCUGUUGAAGUAGCGCAAUCACCGUCCCCAGUCCCAGUGAAAGCUGCAAAGGGUGGACGACGUGGCAAGGCUAGUGUUAAAUCUGCAACACCAAAACCUGCAAGAGGACAACAUGGUCAAGUUGUGGUGGAGAGGCCGGUCACCCCAGAAGCAGUUGCACCUAAGCCAGUCAAGGGUGGUCGCAAAGGCCAGAAAGCUGCUGCAACAAGUCCUUUGGCAUCCCCAGCUGAGGUGAAGAAGGCGGCUGCGAAAGGGAAGAAGGCGGCUGCGAAAGGGAAGAAGGCUGUUCCAGCAAGUCCUUUGGCAUCUCCACCCAAGGCUAGGAGCACCAGAGGAAAACCAGCUGCCUCUCCGAAGGUUGUCUCUACACCGGCAAAGAAGACUGCUGCGAAAGGAAAGAAGGCAGCUAAGGCUCCAGUGUCUCCUGUCGCAGUUGCCGUGGUCACCCCUGUGAAAGCUGUUGGCAGACGCGGGGGUAAGCGAAAGGCUGUUGUUGAUGACAGCCCAGUUCCAGUAAAGAAGAUCAUUGUGGAAUCGCCAAAACCAGCUACUCCCAAGCAGACACGUGGAAGAAAAGCAUCUGCUACUGUCAAUUCAAAAGCAAAGAAAUCGAACGCUAAGGUAGAGGAAGUGCCUGUUACUGAAAAGGCGUCCAGGGGGAAAAAACGUACUGCCCCUGAAACCGUUGAACCAUCUCCAAAGAAACAACGUGCAACAAGAGGCAAGCCAGCGAAGUCUCCGAAAGCUAAAUCGCCAGCUCCCAAAAGAUCAACGCGGUCACGCAAAUAGACAAUACUAUUGAAUCGAACUUUUUUGGGGGACGGGCAUUCAGAAAUAAUUGAUAUCAAUUUUGAAUUUGCAGCUAGAAAAGUCGUGGCAUGGCCUGCGGUGUAUUUUACUCGACUAUAAGAUCAUAGAAUUGAAGAGAUGUGGUUUUUCUUCAUGACCACAAUGUGCAGGCAAUCAUCACAGUGCAUAAUUAUAAAUGAGAGUUAUAACCAGUUGAUAUAGAAAUAGAUAUAUUUGUAUUCAGUGACUCCUGUCAGUCUUCCAUAUCAUGAUGCGACUGCUACUGAUUGUGACAGUAAUUAUUUAUUUGUGCUGUAUGCACAUCACAAAUUUGUAAAUAUUUCAUAUAAUUUAGCUCGAUUUCAUUGGUUAUGUCACACCAGAAAACAAUUCUAAUUGUAAACUACAUGUUAAACUUUCAUGGAAGAUGAUCUGUAUAAACAUGAAUUAUGAAAUGGUAGUUUAUAAAGGUACAUGUAUGCCAAAUUAAACAUUUGGUAGUGUUUCAAUAGAAGGCAAGAGAGUAUGGCUUGUUUUGCAUUCUGCUGAUACAUGUAUAUUGUAUAUCAACUCCCUCCAUACCCAACAAAUAAUGUAUGAAGGAUACUGUUUUGUCAGUAAUUGGUUUCCAUUCCAACCUGAUUGAUUCCCAGUUGGCUUUGAUUGUACAGUCUCAGUUUGUUAGCCUUUCAACAUGUGCAAUGACCUUGAAACUUGUACCGCAUAGGGUAUGUAAUUGUUGAAGGUUUUGUAUCUAGUAGUAGUACAUUGUAUUUAUGUUUGUUGUACAAACAUUUAUUGCAUUUUAGUUGUCAAUACUGCCAUUUCUUAUAUUCCUGAGUGUAUUUUAGGUAAAUUUUAUACAGAUUUCAAAUGUAAUUUUCUUAGAUUUUAUUGCAUUUCACCAAGAAUAGAUAAAGACUUCUUUAUUUUAUUUUUGAUUUCAUUGAUUCAAAUCAUUUGCUCAUUUCGUGUCACAUCAAUCGUAUCAAAAACCGACUCAUGAAUUUUUCAAGAUCAGCAACUCAUAAUACCAAUUAUAGUACAGUACAGUUGAACUUCUGAAAAAUUUGUGAGUUGCUUGUGUACAUGUUCAUGUUUGUAUACUCAUUUUACUAUCGUAAAUUUGUGUUCAUUUCAUAGAAGCUAUGAUCUGUGUUGUACAUUUUGUGUAAUAUAGGAGUGUGUCUAGACUGUGAGGGUUGCGUAAAUGAAUAAUCAAACGGAUGUCAUAAAAAUAUUCCAUUAAAUGCAUUUUGUCUCGCCUUAUUUCUGCCACACUUCGGUUUUUACUUUGCCAAUUGAAAUUAAACAAAAUCUGAUGAGUUUCAGUCAAACUAAAAAGCAGCGAGAUGUAUUGCUGUUUUCACCAUUCACGCAUCUUGACCUAUCAAGGGGGAAAUAUUCGCAAAUUUAUCUGCACAUUCCUAUUGAAUGAUCACAUCAGAAUUAUGUCAAUUUAAACCCUUGAAGUUUCAAGAUGCAUUCACGGGUCAUAGUGGAAAGGGAUAUUGUAGUAUAAAGGCUGUUCUAAGGACGACAUUUUGCCACAGAAAAUAUUUGUCUUUUCUUUGACAUGUUCAGCACACUUGCAUUGCUGUUUGAGAGAAAUAUAUUUUGAUCCGUGCAAAACCUCAGGAUUUUUAACAUGGUCUAUUUUUAUCCAGGUUUGAUGAGAAAGAAGUAUGUACAUGUAAAUA